UGGAGCUCAAACGGAGGUAAUUCCGUUUUGGUUGCUGACAAUUGGGGAUUUGAUAAUGGUGGUGAUGAUGAUGAUGAUAAUGGGCGGGAAUUCAAGGAUGCAGAACCCAAAACUCCGCUGGGUGAUGAGAUUUCUAAGGAGAUUCAAAUAUUCAAUCAGUCAGUUGAAAUUGUCUCUCUUCCAUUGAAAAUAACUAUUGUCUUGGAGGUUCCAGAUCAGUAGAAUUCUGCAGCUGAUCCAAAUAUUCAGUCCAUUUUCUGGAGAGGGACAACUUUGAUUUGUUCUCAUGAUCAAGACUGAAUCUAUGCCAAUCCUGAAUUUUAAUGGGACUGGUUUAAGCUGAGAUGUGUCAAGUUCAGAUUCCAGUGGGAUGAAUCCAAGUGAGGUGAAAUCAGAUGAGAAACAUUUUACCGCAAACUUAAUUGAUGAAAAGAUGGAUUCUGGGAAUGCUGAUGGAUGGGCCUUCGAGGGUACAGAACUAGAAUUGCAGGAUGAUGAGAGAAUGCCAGAAAAUUUUGAGGGAGCUCUAUACAUAUUUGGUUUUGGCAAUGGUAUACAUGGUCAAUCAGACUUUGGAUUUGAUUUCAACUCAAGCUAUAAAAAUAAGCAGAAUGAUAUUGAAAACAAGUUGCAUUAUCCCCAAGUUGAUGCAAAAGCUGGUUCUGAUGAACACUCCUGGGCAUUUAAGGAUGCAUUUUCAGAAGCUGGAUCAAAGGAAGAGCCCAAGGUUGCUGAACUUGCUCUUGCUGUGGAACCAUUGGUAUUUGGUGAUGAGGUCCAGGGAAACAAGGGUAGGACAGAAAACCACAAGGGACCCCUGCCUCUGUCCCUUUUUGGUGAUGAAGAAACAGAAGCAGAUGAUCCCAUGAUCCAUUAAGACAUUUCAACUCAGAACUCCACGCCUGAUAAUAGUCCCCAUUUAAAUAUUUCUAUCAAUGAUCUAAUAUCAAGUUUAUAUAGUCAAGCUGAGCAGAGUACUUCAGUUAAUGAUGAACAAAGUCUCAGAGAAAAGGGAUCGAGUUCCACCAAAAGUGUGAUGACCUCUAAUUUGGCAAAUGCUAAUCAUGAUUUUGAUGAUGAUUCCUGGGAAUUUCAAGAUGUCUCUACAGGAGCCAGAGCUGAGUACCAGACCACUGUUAUUGGUCUUGGAGAGUCUCAUACAAAUUAUUCUACCAAAACAGAGCUAGAUGAUUAUGUGGAACUCUUUUCCAAAUUGAAGAAAGAAUUGCACUAUAUUGCGAUGUGCCAUCUGGAAAAUCUAAAGAAAAAUCAAAGUUCUGGUGCUCUUAUUGGUCAAGACGCAAAAGUGCAAGCUCUUGAUAAAGAAAUACAGGUUCAUUCUUAUGUUUGGUUAAUGCAUAUACAGAAAAUAUAUCUAUGUAGACUUAUGUGUAAUAUCAUCAAAUUGUUCUUUAAAUAUCAUUACCCAUUAAAAAUGACAUAAUUUUCAUA